UCUCUAUUUUUUCAAAGCUCAAGAGCUCGAAGAAGAGAAGCCAUGGCGAUGGAGGCCAAGUACCAAGAGCUUCGCAAAGCCGUGGAGACGAUCCCUCUCGUCGAUGCUCACGCUCACAACCUCGUCUCCAUUGAUUCAACCUUCCCCUUUCUCCGUUGCUUCUCCGAGGCUGAGGAUGAGGCUCUGGAUCUCACCCCUCACUGCCUCUCCUUCAAGAGAAGUUUAAGGGAUCUUACUGAUCUUUACAAAUGUGGGCCUUCUUUGAGCGCACUUGAAAGCUAUAGACAGUCAUGCGGCCAACCCUCAAUUGCUCGAAAGUGUUUUGAAGCUGCAAAUAUUUCUGUGGUUUUGAUUGACGAUGGCAUCAAGUUUGACAAAAUGCAUAACUGGGAGUGGCAUAAUGAUUUUGUUCCUGCUGUUGGUAGAAUAUUGAGAAUUGAACAUGAGGCUGAAACAAUUUUAAAUGAAGAGACAGAUGACCUGUCAACAUGGACACUAAAAUCCUUCAUUGAGAUAUUUUUGAGAAAAAUAAAAUCAGUUGCUGACAAGAUUGUUUCUCUGAAAAGCAUAGCUGCAUAUAGAAGUGGUUUGCAAAUUGAUACAGAAGUUAGUUGGAAGGCCGCAGAAGAAGGUCUUCUCGCUGACUUAAAUUCUGGGAGACCUGUUCGCAUUAGGAAUAAGAGCUUCAUUGAUUAUUUAUUUACGCGUAGUUUAGAAGCCGCUCUAAUGUUUGGACUGCCUAUGCAGAUCCAUACUGGAUUUGGAGAUAAGGACUUGGAUUUGAGAUUGUGCAAUCCUCUUCAUCUACGAGGUGUCCUUGAAGACAAGAGGUUUGCCAAAUGCCGGAUUGUUCUUCUCCAUGCAUCUUAUCCAUUUUCAAAAGAGGCAUCAUACCUUGCUUCAGUGUACCCUCAGGUUUACCUAGACUUUGGCUUGGCGGUGCCAAAACUUAGUACACAAGGAAUGAUAUCUUCUGUCAAAGAACUUCUGGAGUUGGCACCAAUUAAGAAGGUGAUGUUCAGCACAGAUGGUUAUGCAUUUCCUGAAACUUUCUAUUUGGGUGCAAAGAGAGCACGUGAAGUUGUUUUUUCUGUAUUGUCCAGUGCAUGUGAUGAUGGCGAUCUUACAAUCGGUGAGGCUGUGGAAGCAGUUGAAGACAUAUUUAGGCAAAACUCAUUGCGUUUUUACAACAUGAAUCACGUAAUUGGGUCUAUUUCAUGUAAAAAUUCUGAACCUGGCAAGAGUGAAUCAAGAAUUGCACCUUCAGACAAUAUAGUUUUAGUCCGUCUUAUGUGGAUCGAUACUUCAGGUCAACAUCGAUGUCGUGUCAUUCCAGCAAAGCGUUUUUAUGAAGUUGUUAAGAAUAAUGGUGUAGGUUUGGCGGUUGUUUCAAUGGGGAUGACUUCAUUUCUUGAUGCUCCAGCAGAUGGUACAAAUCUUACGGCCGUGGGUGAGAUCAGACUGGUACCUGAUUUAUCAACAAAGUAUACAAUUCCAUGGACAAAGCAUGAGGAGAUAGUGUUGGGUGACAUGUACAUCCAGCCAGGUGAACCUUGGGAAUAUUGCCCCAGGGAUGCCUUACGCAGGGUGGCGAAAAUAAUGAAAGAUGAAUUCAAUCUGGUGGUGAAUGCCGGCUUUGAAAAUGAAUUUUAUCUCCUCAAAAAUGUUGUCAGAGAUGGCAAGGAAGAAUGGGCUCCAUUUGAUUUAACUCCCUACUGCUCCUCAUCAGCAUUUGAUUCUGUUUCUUCCAUGCUACAAGAAGUGAAUUCUUGUCUUCAUUCUUUGGAAAUUUCAGUUGAGCAGCUACAUGCAGAAGCUGGGAAAGGACAAUUUGAAAUUGCUUUAGGGCAUAAAGCUUGUACUCUUUCUGCUGAUCAUUUGGCUUUCACUCGCGAAGUUAUUAGAUCCAUUGCAAGAAAACAUGGAUUAUUAGCAACCUUUGUCCCAAAGUAUUACUUGGACGACAUUGGUUCUGGAUCUCAUGUGCAUUUAAGCCUGUGGAAGGAUGGGAAAAAUGUUUUUAUGGGAUCUGAAUCAUCAAAAACUGAACAUGGAAUGUCAGUGACUGGGGAGAUGUUUAUGGCAGGAGUUUUCCAUCAUCUUCCUUCCAUCUUAGCGUUUAUUGCCCCUCUUCCAAAUAGCUACGAUCGUAUUCAACCAAACACAUGGAGUGGAGCAUACUAUUGUUGGGGAAAGGAAAAUAGAGAAGCUCCGAUAAGAACUUCGUGCCCACCUGGUGUGGCUAGCGGCGUUGUUAGCAACUUUGAAAUGAAGUCUUUUGAUGGUUGUGCAAAUCCUCACUUGGGGCUUGCAUCAAUUGUAGCUGCUGGAAUUGAUGGUCUCAGAAGGAACCUGACCUUGCCCAGGCCAAUUGAAUCAAAUCCUUCCAUUUAUGAAUCUGAACUAAAAAGACUGCCAAAAGAACUGCAAGAAUCUAUAGAUGCUCUUGAUCAAGAUCAAAUACUGAAGGAUUUAAUUGGCGACAAAAUUGUAUCGACUGUUAUAGCCGUUCGGCAGGCUGAGGUUAAUUACUACAAAAAGAACAAAGAUGCAUACAAGCAGCUCAUUCAUCGUUAUUAAUAUCAAUUCUUCGUACUGGAGAUCUUCAUUACAAUGCAUUCAAUAAAUGGUAUUUGGGGCCGAUAAUUCUCCAGGUUCGUCAGGUGAAAUGGUUUCAUUUAUCAUUAUCGGAACACCUUCAUUGCAAUGCAUUAAAUAAAUGGCAUUUAGAAUGAAUAAUUCUCCAGGUUCAUUAGAUGAAAUGGUUUUACUUAUCAUUGUUCAAUCACUGAAAAUUCUUCGGCUUAAGUUCCAGUGAAUAACAACUUGAAUUACCUAA